UUGGGGAGCAUGCUGUUCGCAGUUAGGUCAAAAAAAAGUCAAAGUUGUUUCCAGUUAGAACAACUAAUUUGUUUUUUUGACCUAAUCGCAGUUACUACGAACAACCCCAAACCACAGGUUUGAAAAUUAAACACUUACUUUUGGAUAUAAGUUGAAACUUAUCUUAUUUCGUCCAUUUUGUUGUUAAUUUGUUUUAAUCAUUUUAAAUUUUGUAACUAUUUCUGAUUGUUUAGUAUUAGUAUAAGUACCAAGAUGGCCCACAACGACUAAAUAUCUUCGGACUCCUCAAAGCCCAUACCAAACUUCACUCUGACCCACCCAACAAUUAACGGCUAGUGGUACCCAUUUCCAACGGAACAAACAGAAAACUUUCAAACCCCCCAAAGCCUUAAUCUUUCUUCAGCGUUUUAACGGCUAUUUUUAACAACCUCAAUCUCUCUUCAUUUUCUCCUCCUCCUGCUUUCUCUUCAAUUCCUUUCUCCCCCAUUCUCUUUCAUCUACAAACUACAAAAACAUCAAUAAUUUCCUAAAUUUAACCCUAAUUAAUUCUCUAUCUCAUCUAAUUUUUCCUCCUUCCCCUGUUUCUGUAAUUUCAAACCAAGAAAACUAAAGGGUAAUACGAGAAGAACAUCUUUCAUGGCAGAAAGAAAUUGCAUUUCUUAAUCUGGUGAAUGACCAAAUCUCAAGGUUUAAGUUCUGAAAUUUCCAGAAAUAGAACUUUCUAGACAUUAAUGGAGGUAGAGCUAGAAGAAGCGAAAGCCGAGAUUGAGAGGCUAAAAUGUAGCUUAGCUGAUAAAGAAACAAUCAUAAAGAAGCUUGGAUAUACCAAAUCACCUAAAAGCAUUUUGUGCAAGGAGGAUGGAUUGGUAGAUGAGCUUGAGGAUAAACAUAGGAAGCUUGAGGAAGAUCUCAAAUGGAAGAAUGAACAGUUUAAACAUCUAGAAGAAGCACAUGCGAAGCUUCGGAAUCAGUUUCGUGAUUGUAAAAUUGAAUGGGAGGAGGAGAAAUCUGGAUUGAUUGAUGAGAUAACCCAGAUGCAGGAUAAGUUAGAUGAUAAAACCCAGAAAUCAGAUGAGCUUAAAUUUCAGUUAGCAAUGUCUAGGCAAGGUUUAGAGAACGAAAAGAAUCGGAGGAAAAAACUCGAAGAACAAGUUUCUGAGAUGGAGUUGGUGAUGGAAAGAUCGACAAUGGAGGGUUUCGAAGGAAAAGAUUGUUCGAUUGCUGAUAAUGGUGAAGAAAUUGCUGAUUUGAAGCAUUCGUUGCGUGUAAAAGAGAUGGAUUGUAAGGAUUUGGAAUACAAAUCAAAGAAAUUAGAGAAGGAAAAUCAGGAAUUAUUGACCUCCAUUAAAGAACUUCGGGAAGCUUAUAUUCCGAGAGCAGUUCCUACUCCGUCUUCAUGGGCUAAACUGAAAAGCAGACUGAAAUCGAUCGAGCAAAGUCACAGAGAAUGUUCGGCUAAUCUUAAAUCGAAAGAAGCGGAAUGGAAAUCGAAAAACGAAAGAAUUGCUCAAGAACUGAUAAGAUGUACUUACAAUUUGAAGAUGAGAGAUCAAGUGACAGAAGAAUUAAGGAAGGAAUUAGAAAGUUAUAAUUCAUCAUUAACCGAAUUGAAAAUGCAGAAUGAAGAACUGUCAUUAAUGUUACAGUUGAUUCGAUCAGAAGACGGUAAAGGGGCUAUAGCUCAGUUGAUGGAUCAAUACGAAAAAGAACGGGAAGAGAAGCAGGAAAUUCAGGAGGAACUCCAGCAAUUAAGGGAAGAACUCGAAUCAACACGACAAGCAUUAGAUAUGGUGGAUUCCGAGCUGACUGAUCAAGCUAACGAGAGAUGUGAACUUGAAUUAGAGUUAGAGAAUUGGAGAUCAGUAGCUGCACAUCUCGAAAGACAGAUUACAGGAACACAAUCGAUGCGCAGAGAGUUAGAAUUAUCGUUACUUGCACAGGCAGAAAUCGAGGAAAUGCUUAAGCUUGAUACGGAAGAGAAGGAUAAAAGGAUAGGUAAUCUCGAGCAUCAGAUAUUUUUGAUGGAUCAAGAGAUAAGGAUCGAAGAAGAAGAAGCCGAUGAUGAAGAUAUGGUCGAGGAUGAAAACAUGUCAUGGCGGUUGAUGAUGGAUGAUGGCGAAGAGAUGCAACUCGAGUUGCUCGCAAGAGAACUCGAAGAAGCCAUUGUUGGGCAUAUAUUGGGUGAAAGAAACUAUAGUUUUGACCCUUGUGGCUCAAAAGAGAAUGUGAAUCAAGAACAUUCCCAUUUGAGAAAGAUAAGUGAACCUUUCAUGGAGGAAAGAUCACCAUUCAAAGAGCUUAACUAGGAGAUAAGUGAACCUUUCAUGGAGGAAAGAUCACCAUUCAAAGAGCUUAACUAGGAGAUAAGUUUAUGAGGUGCAUUUCAAGUUACCACUUUUGCAAUUCUUUUCUUUACUUCAUUAUGUAAAUGAAAAUUGAUGUGAAUUCUUUUAGUACAUUUUACUCGGACUUGUAUAUCCAUGUUCGACUUCUGUCUAAGCGGAUUUGUACAUUUUUAUGAAAAAAUAUGAACAUUUUGGACCAAAUUAAGUGUGUUCAAGUGUCCUAGCUAAGUUUGACACAUACUCGUACUUGAAUUACUUGGAAUAAUGGAGGUACACACGCUCAUUCGCUC